AUGGUAGAAGACACAUCUGUAAAGAAGCCAACAUCGCUUCUUGGCGUCAGGCAUCUUCAAGUCGUGUUGCUAUUCUUUGGAUUGGUACUCGCAUUCGCCAUGCGAGUGAACAUGAGUAUGGCGAUAGUAGCUAUGACAGAUAAAACACUAGAAAAUUCUUUCGAUUGGAAUAUGAAUAUUCAGAGUGUGAUUUUGUCAUCGUUCUUCUGGGGAUAUAUUAUUUUACAAGUACCCGGUGGAGAGCUAGCAGCUAAAUUUGGUGGCAUGAUAUUGAUUACUAUAUGCAUAGCGGUCAAUUCUGCUGUGUCACUGCUCUUACCAAUCGGAUCGUAUUAUGGCGGUUGGCAGUUAGUCUGUGCAUGUCGUGUGGUACAAGGGCUCUCUCAAGGUUUCAUCUUCCCAUCAAUUCACAAUCUGAUAGGCAAAUGGGUGCCGUUAGAAGAAAAGAGUCGGUUAGGCACUAUUAUAUACGCUGGUGCACAAUUAGGGACUGCACUUCAGCUCUUAAUAUCAGGUUUCAUAGCGGAUGCAUGGGGUUGGCCAGCCAUCUUCUACGUCAAUGGAUCUCUUGGUGCCGUUUGGACAGUCGCAUAUGUCUUUCUUGGGGCAGACUCGCCAAGGAAUUCUAAAAUGAUUAGCGCGGAAGAGAAGAUGUACAUACAGAGCUCUUUGGGGCAUGUCGGCAGCGAGCACAAGAAAUUACCAACUCCAUGGUCAGCCAUAUUUACUUCCCUACCGUUCAUUUCUCUGAUCGUAGCCCACUGCGGUCAGAACUGGGGUUUCUGGACUCUGAUGACAGAAAUGCCAUCAUACAUGAAACAAGUACUAGGUGUUGACAUAAAAGCGAAUGGUGUGAUGUCAGCGUUGCCGUACCUGGCUAUGUAUCUCCUGAGCUUUCCGAUAGGCUUCACAUCAGAUUUUAUCUUAAAGAAGAAUUGGCUUUCAAUAACGGCGUGCAGAAAACUUUCUAAUUCCAUUGGUCACUUCGGUCCAGCCAUUGCUUUGAUAGGACUGAGUUACGUUCCCGCCGGCUCCGUAGCCUUGGCAGUGACUUUAUUGACUAUCGUCGUUGGCUUGAAUGCUGGCCACUACACUGGUUACUUGCUAGUGCACAUCGACAUGGCUCCAAACUUCGCGGGCACUCUCAUGGGCAUCACCAACUGUAUAGCUAACAUUAUUUCCAUUAUUGCGCCUCUAGCUGCAGGCGCUAUACUUCAAGAUGAGACUGACCCUAAUGAAUGGCGCAAGGUGUUUUACGUUUCAUCAGCGAUUUAUAUUGCGUGUAAUAUUUUCUUCAUCAUUUUUGGUUCCUGUAAAACUCAAAGUUGGAACGAAGUGAAAGAAACUGGUGAUGAAGAAAAGAAACAUAAUAAAACUACAUUG